AUGGGUACCUAUGAUUGGGUUUCACCACGUUUUGAUGAUGAUUUUGCCAUUCUACUUGCAGGCUGCACUUCUUCCAAUCUCAUGAGCAAUAUCUAUUUAUUGUCGCUACAAUACACGUCGAAUUUUCCAACUGCAUCCGUAUCUGGACAAGUGAGUACAGCCAUCAUGCAGGCUAUUCACAGUAUAUCGCAAACUGGCAACGGAACAAGCCUUGAGGUGCGAGCGGGGUAUAUGGGACUUUGCGUGAUGCAAAGUGAUUCAGAGCGCAUUUGCUCCAGCAGUGCUAGAGCUCUGGCCAAUUUGAUCAAGGCAGAAAAAAGUACCAUCAGCCAAGGGAACACAAGCACAGAAUUCACACCGGACCCGCUCAAUUUAAUCAUGAUUGCGAAUGAUUUCAGGGAAAAGAUUGUAAUUAUCACAAUUAUUUUGAUUGCGACUUGCUUGAUAGUUCUCUCAACAUUCCCUGGAUGGCAUGAGGAGUUCGAUGAAACUGGAUCAGACAUCGAGGUGCGGCCAUUUCCUAAACCUAGUGCGGUUACAGCUUGUCUGUUCACCACAGGCCUUGGGUUUGGAUUUGGCCUUACCUCCAUACUGUGGCAGCAUAUAAAUAGCAGCUCUACAGCGUCAAUGACAGAAACCCUCACCUACGGUGCAGCCUCGGGCCACGUUGGAAGCUCAGCUAUGGCACUUGGAUGGAUCGGAGUAGGACUGAUUGCCUUGGUCGGUCUUGGGAUUUUGACGAUGAAAUUAAGCAUUAGUUAUAUUAAACGGCUUCAUGAUGAAAAUGAUCAACACAGCAUGACUGGGAGUUCGGUAUAG